AUGACAAGACGAUGUUGGCAUUGCCGGCGAGUGCUCUCCGAUUGGUGCGGGAGGCUUUGCUCAGUCUGCGAUGGCUGCUGGAGGCUCCGAGAGGCUUUCAAGUUUGAGUGCAAGUUUCUGGAUCCAUGGGUCUCGCGCAGGACUCUUCUGGCCUUCAUCCUGUUGGACGUCGUGGGCAGCGGUGUGCUGCUGACACUUUUCUUGCGCCAUAAAGCUCUGGGCAAGCUCUGGUUGCCAGAUUAUGGGUGGAAGGUCCUGGCUGGGAUUCUGAUAUGUCGCCUACUCGCCCAUGUCGUCGGGACGUGCGCGGUCAUCCGGCGGAACACGAGUCAAGUUCGCUGUUACUACUUUGUGCUCGUCUUCAACUUUCUGUCCACCGUAAUCUUAGCCCGGCCGUUGCUUUUGGCGAAGUGCACCUGUUUCGAGUCUGCCAUGGGCCUGGUAUCCCUGGAUGCAGUGGACCCCACGGAAGACUCACCGGAGCAAAUCCACCAAUGCGAUGUCUGGAACUCCUUCUUCGAAGUGGGGGACUUCACUCGUCGCCUGGGAACGAAGUGGCCCAACUGCAAGCAGCGGAUCAACGGAAGGACAGAGAACGAGCGAAGGGAGGGCUUGGGGCUUCCGAUUCCGGAUCUUUUCAACCCUGUGGACCCUGGCAUCAAACUCGAGGGCGAAGGAAUCCCUUCAGACUGCACUGAGCUUAAUCUUCUCCUACCCCUCGCCACUGCGCUGGACAGCAUCGGCUGCGGCGGCUACGACAUGCGAGAUUGGGCGACCGGACCAUUCAGAGAACUGCACAAGGAGCUUCAAGAGUGUUUUUCCCGAAAGAGCUGUGGGGGAGUCGGGAUUGUCCUCACGCCCUCGCUCCUGGUCGAAACGCCUGACAAAAGUGCUUGUGGCAAGAUUACCGUGUGCCGCCACUACUACCCGCUGAAGCCAAGCCUCGAUACGGAGGCCGCUCAAGAAAAGGUUUGCGCCGUCACAAACGAGAGAAGUUGUCCUCUCGACUUACAGUUGUACCUCCUCAAGGAUGUUGAGAAGUUUGAAUGCUUCCGCUUCGGCAAGGUGAGCGGCCCCGCCACGCAGCUCUGCAAAUUCGCUGUGCAGGGAGCCCUCUGCCUCCUCCUUCUCCUGGACAUCGUGACCCUUCCAGCCUUCAAGGUGAUCCGCAAGUAUCUGCGUAACAGCUGCGGCGACUUUAUCGAGGACGACGUCCAGUUUGACGUGGACUUUGCAGAAGACGACGGCCGGCCGUCCCUUGCGUCCUCCGAGGCCUCCUUUGUAGCCGGCGCUCAUGCGCCGUCCCCACCGGAUGGAGUUUCCUGGCUGCAGCGCUCCGGCUCCCUUCGUUCCUGGCGUACGCAGGUGUCUCCAGGAGCUACAGGCGCCGUGGAGCUCACUGGCAUCGCGGAGAGGUGA